AUGUCUGCCGAGGGAGAAGAAGAAUUAUUGGACUACUCCGAUUCCGAAGAAAUCAACGUGCAGCCAGCUCAACAGGCUGCCGCUGGCGACGAGGGAAAGGAAGAAGCAGACAAAAAGGGUUCUUAUGUCGGAAUCCACACCACUGGUUUCAGAGACUUCUUGUUGAAGCCUGAGCUUCUGAGAGCCAUUGCUGAUUUUCAACAAGCUUGUAUUCCUCAGUCCAUUCUUGGUAAUGACGUUCUUUGUCAGGCCAAGUCUGGUCUUGGUAAGACUGCUGUUUUCGUGUUGUCCACCUUACAGCAACUGGACCCUACACCUGGUGAGAUCUCCACGGUUGUCAUCUGUCACACCAGAGAACUGGCCUACCAAAUCAAGAACGAGUACGCCAGAUUCUCCAAGUAUAUGCCUGAGGUCAAGACUGAAGUGUUUUACGGAGGUGUUAACAUCAAACAGGAUGCUGAAAAACUGAAGAAUAAAGACACGUGUCCACACAUUGUUGUUGGUACGCCUGGUAGAUUAAACGCCCUGGUCAGAGACAAGCUGAUCAGACUGAACAACGUGAAGAAUUUCGUUAUCGACGAAUGUGACCAGGUUCUCGAACAAGUUGACAUGAGAAGAGAUGUUCAGGAGGUCUUCAGAGCCACGCCUUUCCAGAAACAGGUGAUGAUGUUCUCGGCUACGCUGUCGCAGGAGAUCAGACCAAUCUGCAAAAAGUUCAUGAAGAACCCAUUAGAGAUCUACGUUGAUGACGAGAAGAAACUCACUCUGCACGGUUUGCAACAAUACUACAUCAACCUGCCGGAGGAGAAGAAGAAUCUGAAACUGGCCGAGCUUCUAGACUCCUUGGAGUUCAACCAGGUCAUCAUCUUCGUCAAGUCGACAAAGAGAGCUACCGCAUUGAACAAGCUACUGUGCGACUCUAAUUUCCCAUCCAUUGUCGUCCACUCUGGUAUUCCUCAGGAGGAGAGAAUUGCGAGAUACAAGCUGUUCAAAGAGUACAAUAAGAGAAUCUGUGUGUCGACCGAUGUUUUCGGGAGAGGUAUUGAUAUCGAGAGAAUCAACUUGGCUAUUAACUACGACUUGCCAAGUGAGGCUGAUCAAUACCUUCACAGAGUUGGCAGAGCUGGUAGAUUUGGUACCAAGGGUUUGUCUGUGUCGUUCGUGUCGAACGAGCAGGACCAGGAGAUCCUGAACAAGAUUCAGGAGCGGUUUGACGUCAAGAUUCAAGAGUUCCCUGCCGAGGGAGUCGAUCCAUCCACCUACAUGAACACUUGA